AUGGCAGAUCUCACAGCUCUUGACCUUUCCCAAAGACCCCCGCGCAUCAGGUGGACAGAGGAUAUGAGGAAGGUCUUGUGUUGCUUGAUCAAAUACUACGUGCAAGACAGGAACGCAUUCUUGGAUAUCUUCUACUCGGUAUUUCAACAGGAGCUCAUCGAGUCCGGGCUUACAAACGGCGAAAUGGUUGGUUGGGCCAGACUUAAGUCCCAGUGGGUGGAUAUGAACAAGCAUGGAGAUCCUAUAUGGGGAGAUGUCCACUGUUCAGGCUUUGACCGCGAGCCCUGGCUUCCAGUCCUUGACAAGAUUGAAGGAGCUGCCGCCGCGCUUGGGCUGACAAUGUCUGGAAAAGAACAUGAUACCAUAGACUCAUCGCGGUUCGUCUAUCAGAACCGAGUUCGACAGUCUUCCUCUCAGGUAAGCCAGCAGUCGCAAGACACGUUCUCUCAAAAUAAGGUCCAAGAAGGGUUGAUCGACAACACGGCACAACCUAACCCAUCGGAAGAAUCGCUGUCAGCCAUAGACGCACCCCUAUGUACUGCGGGGGGCAAGCUCUGUUUCUUCUGCUGGAAGAAGAGGCCCCUAGACUUGGAGUAG